UGAUCGAAGGACCGACGCUCCCGAGACCGCCAGAGCCACGCCCAAUUGGCAACCUCCGCCGCCCGAUCAUGGCCUCCGAUUGCUUCCCUCCGUUCAUCGCUGCUCAGCUCAAUUACCUCGUCCACCACUGUCCUCUCGGCGUAAAGGUCGAGAACGUGUGGUCUGGGAGCAAGAGCUAUCCUGGAGUGCUUGAUCGGUUCACUUUGUUGAUUCCUUACUGUCUGGACUACAUAAAGUGGGAUGUUCUAUACAAUGCAGAGUUCCCCCUUUGUGCGCCGGAUGUCAUAUUUGGGCCUGAAGAUGAACAUUUUCAUCCAUUUUGGUUGAGGAGCAAGGAGGGAGGAAACGAAAUGGAGGGAGCUAAGAACAGCUUGUCUGAGUGGAACCACAAAGACCCUACUCGGCUAUGUGCUCUCAUUCAAGAACUGAGGGAUGAGUACACAGCCUAUCAGAGGAGACGUGCUGGAGAGGUUGAUGAUGAUAGGCUGACAUUUGAGAUCAGCACUAUUUUGUCUAGGGAGGGGAUUGAAAUGCAUAUGAGUUCUGGACUUGAAAAGCCAGAGGAGGUAAAGCUUGCAGUUCCCCUGUUGGACAUGAAUAUAAACAAAAUGGUGCAUGGAUGCCCUUGGAGACAUCUCCAGAAAAUACAUUUACAGGUUGUGUAUCCAGUUGGAAAGAAGUAUGUAUCUGCUGCUUCUGCCCCUCGUCUUAAAUUGGUGUCUACUCCUGAAUUGAAGGCUUUAUUUUCGGUGGAUGAUGUCAAGCUUCCUUCAUGGGUGGAUGGCAUGUGCAUGGCUGAAUACCUUCCACAUCUCGAAGAAUCUCUUCAAGGACAGAUUAUGGAAGCAGUUUCACUAAUUGAUAUUAGGAGGCACUUUAUUGAGACAUUAGCCCCUGUGUUUGGCAGACCAAUCGAAGCUGAUCCGGUCUUUUGCAGGAAAGCUACGGUUCUGGUAGCCUCUGGCGUAUUUACCUUUCUGGUGCACCUUUUCAUUCCAACACAAUUUCCAAAACAACAACCAGCUCUGAUGCUUCAGAGUUCUCAGCACUUUAACUCCCAAGGAGCACCAAUCAGGUCAUCACUUCUGACCGAUUUCCCGUGGAGUCCGAGAUGGGAAGCACCGCAGAUGGCUGAGAGGAUACUGGAAUUCUUGGUGGAUGAGUCUUUGAACUUCAAGAGAUUUUGCAACGAGGCACAACUUCAAACAUAGCACGAGCUUCUGGAAUGCUGGAUCACCUUGUGGUCUGUCUGUACCUAUCACACUGUCGGAAUCGGCUCUGUUGAACUCUAUGUUUCCAAUAGUGACACUACACUUCUGCUGAUCUUGAAGGGGAUCACUUUGUCAUGCGUUUCACUGAAGAUCUGUAUUAUGUCAUCGGUAUCUUUAGAAUCCCCUGCGGUGAAAUAUUGUUAA